AAUUCUUUUCUGAAAUAUCCAUAAAAAAUCUAAAUGAUUCCAUAUGCAAUUAUUAAUAUUUUUUGUGUUUUAGUAAAAAACUGCAGUACUGCUUUGGUCAGCUCCACUCCAUGUUGUCUCAAACACAGAAGUUUAACUUGGAAACGACUGAAUGAUGUUUCUCUUUUCUUUUUUCAUAUUUUAGCAUUACUUCGGAAUAAUUUAGCUUUAGCUUAAAUGUUCUAUGCAUUUGUACCUUUUCAAAUUGUUCUAUGAAAGUAUGCACAUUUUUUUUUUCGAGAAAACGCAAAAGAGUUGCGUUUCAUUGCAUUGAACAGGAAGACAUCGGGGGUACAACCUUCAGAAAGGAGGGACACACACACACACACGACCGUCCUCACCAAAUGACUACAGCUAGGUGAGGAGGUGCCCUCAACUACAGACACUCAACGACAUUAGGCCUCGCCCAGCCUUGCCUCCAGCCAAAAUGGCGAAGCACCGAGACUCGGAGCAACAGGGCAGCAUCACUGCCAUUGCAAGACACUUCCAGGGACGAAUGCAGCUUCAGGACUGCCCAUGCCGACGUACCUCGCACCCAUGUGCCUAGAGAGUCGACGGGUGAAGGCAGGGCCUGAUUGGAACUGGUGUAGCAUUCAUUGGGGAGCGCCAGCGCAGGCAAACGUUGCGACCUGCUCCUUGUGUAGCAGUCUACGCCAGAGCGAUGCAUCGCCAACCACCAUCUGUCGCAUCAAGAACUCCACUUGCAGCCAAAGCAGCGCCAUCAAGAGGGGAACGGCGUUGAGACGCCGCCGCUGCCCGGUCCGGGAGGCCGGACCUAGGAUUUCUCCCGGUGCUCGAGGAGGAGGUCCGGUCAGGGUCAUGCCAACGCCUCCAAGGAGGUGACGGCACCCUCGGGCGUCGCCGUAGACAGCGCAGGUCGUCGCCACGCGGGGAUUUCGCCCCGACCCAAGAACGAAGACCUCAGAUGCAGUGGCAGACCGGGCAUGGCGCAGAAUCGUCGGAAAAGACCAACACACAUGGGGGAAGCCUAGAAACGUUGUCGUCGCAGGAGUGGGCACCGACCAGCGCAGCUCCAGCAGGCCGGCCACCAUCGGGAGCGCGUCCAGCAGGCGGCAGCAGCCACCUGCACCACGCCGCCGCCGCGCUGGCCCGCAGCCUCCGCCGCCAGGAUCCGCCGGGGCACAGCGGAGCAGCAACCGUCAGGGUCGCCGCACGCGUGCUUACUAACCCAGCGGCAACCGCCGGCGGCGGCCGGGAGGGGUGGGAGGAGGGAGAAGGGUUGGUGGGGGCAGAGCCUGGGCGGGCUCGUGCGGCCCAGAUCUGGGCGCCCUCAACUCUGCCGCACGCAUCAGCGGCCGGCGGCCGCCAUGGCAGCGCCACCGCGCACGCAGUCCACCCCAUCUCGACCUCCCCGCGAGCAAACGGCCGCCCGCCGCGCCACCGCGCGCUCCCGCCGCUCCAGCGCGCCCAGCAGCAGCGCGCGAGCACACGAACGAGGGCCCCGCCGCCGCCGUCCACCGGUGAGGGCUUUGCCCGCCGGCAUCCUCCGGCGACGGCGAGGAGAGGGAGGGGAAGGAGGGGAGCCUGGGCGGCGGCUAGGGUUUCGCCUCCCGAGUCGCCCCUGGGAGCGACGCGGGGGCUGGGAGGGGUCCCUGAUCACGUGCAUAUUGACCAUGGGCCAUGCAGACUGGAAACCCUUGCAAUUUUUGUGUUUUGCUUAUUUCUAUCGAGUACUUGAGAAACUGAAGUCUACGGAGCCAGUAAUAACUCCUGUAUACAAUGAGUACGGUGAGGUUGAAGGCCGAGGUAUACAUAUGGCAAAGCGAGUGCUUCGUAGUUUGAGUUUGGUACUUGGAUCGAUAUUUGCUGCAUCCCUGG